GGUUUGGCUCAGUGUCGCUUCGCAGGUGGAACAAACCCUAAUUGAUUCUGAGACGAGAGUACAAUGAUUUUUCUAAGAUGCCUCCCUCUGUGUUGCAAUCUUCUCUUUAGUCUUCUCCUAGGUUGUGUGUCUGCAGAAAGCAUCAUAGCCACAGUGGGAGAAGAUGUUACUUUGAUAUGCAACUAUGAUGCUAACUACGGCAAGCUUGCUGCAUGCUGGGGUCGGGGAGCCGUCCCCAACAGUGGCUGUGCCAAUGAGGUGAUCAGGUCAGACGGGACAUCAGUGAUCAAGAGACUGUCGGAGCGUUACCAGCUCAGGGGGGAUGUUAGUGUGGGAGAUGUGUCGCUGACCAUCAGGCAGGUGGAGGAGGGCGACUCCGGGACGUACGGCUGCCGUGUGGAAAUACCGGGCUGGUUCAAUGAUCACAAGCACCAGCUGACUCUGACGGUAGUGGCAGUACGGCCUAAUCCUCUGAGGGUGGAUACGAGAGAGGUGAAGGAAAGAACUGUCACUGUUCGCUGGACUCCUGUGUUUGAUGGCGGCAAGCCCAUUACAGCCUACAGGAUUGAUCUCAAAAACAAACAGACAUCCUGGGAUACUGCAGUGAGUACCGAAGUCUCAAAUCCUGAACUGACUCAGCUGACUUUGGUGGAUUUGCGUCCGGCCAAGUCCUACAACCUUCGCAUGUUUGCUAUCAACAGUGUGGGCAUGAGCGAGGCCAGCAAUGUUCUGACAGUCACAACUAAAGAAGCAGCACCAGAGGGUCCUCCCCUGGAUAUGCAGCUGGAGGCCGUCACUUCUCACAGUAUCAAAGUCACUUGGAAGCCUCCGAGGUUCGAUCACAGAAACGGGGCUCUUCAGGGCUACAGCAUUAGCUACAGAGAGUAUGACCCUGCAGGCAGACAGUUCAAAAGGUGGCAGCACUUAAGUGUGACGGCCACACAGGAACAAGAGAGCGUCAUCCUGGGCAACCUGAAGCCUUCUGCCAAAUACGGCGUGAUUAUACAGGCCAAAACAAAUGCAGGAGUAGGACCUGCCUCCACUGCACCUCUCUGCUCCACUCUGGAUGAGGUUCACAAAACAUCAACAGCUUCCACUAUCAAAUCUUCUUCCACUGCGGCCACAAUUUGGAUACAAGACACUACAAGUGUCACUUCAGUUGUGUCCCAAGGUCGCAGAACUUCAACAAUUGAGACUGUUACUGCUGCCACUGUUUGGGGAGAAAGCACCACAAGUAUCACAGUGUCCCCGGAUCCCCCAGUGAUUGAGUUGAAGGAGGUCAAAGACAAUACAAUCUCCCUUUUAUGGACUCCUGGGUUUGAAGGUGACAGCCCCAUCACUGGCUAUUACCUGGAGUGUAAAGCAGUGAACGCCUCGUGGGAUUACACAAAGACAGUUGUUGACUUUAGCCCCAACCAGACAGAGGCCACAAUAAUAGAGAUAAUUCCUUCAACAUACAACAUCCGCAUGUUUGCCAAGAACAGUCAGGGCACCAGUAAAGCUAGCAAUGUCAUCACCAUCACCACUGGAGAAGCAGGUCAUCAGAGUGUUGACCUCCUUACCACCAUAUCUACUGACACUCAUGCUGCUGCGAGCGUUGAGGAGAGUCAGAGUGGUCACCUAGCAGCCAUCGUGGUGCCAGUGGUGCUGGUGGUGGCGGUUGUUGCUAUAAUAACCACGUGGCAGCUUCGACGAGUAAAACAGAAAACAGGCAGCCUGAGCAUGUGGCUGACCAAUGAAGCUCUGCGUUACAGAAACUCCGAGUCACUACAAGAGCUGUAAAACUACAAGUUACUCCAGAUUUUAGCCUACGACAAGACAGAUAAGCAGUAGCCUAGAUUACAUUUGACGAAUUUUGCAAAAUAAGGUUACAAAUAUUUCAGUUUAUGUCAUUGAGGAAAGAAAUGUCACCUGCGUGUUGAGUUGAUCAAGCUAAUGUAAAGGAAAACUAACCUUUUUGUUCUAAACACUCAGUAAAUAAGCUGUAAUCACGACACCAGAGUUUAAAUGAGAUCUGCCUUUAUUUCAAAUAUUUUCAAGUUGCAGAAAUUGUUGUAUUAAGUUUGUAGUUUUUUGUUGUUUCCUCUCUUUCUAACAAUAUGUAUCAGUUUACACUAUAAUAACCCUCAACAGGUCAUUCAAUUACUUGUAAUAUUUUUAUGUGCCUUCAUGUGUAAUGAAAUAAUACCACUCUCUAUUUUGCUUUCGGCUGUAGUAAUAAACGUCCACAGUGUUUGUUCAACAACACUUUAUUUUAUUGCGUAAAACAUUUUGUGUCAUGUAGAAAAGUUAAUACUUGUUACAGAUGUGGCAGUUUAAAUAUAUGCUCAAUGAAAUCAACUGGUGAAAGUUUAAACAGUCCAACUACAGGUACUUACAUGAUGAAAAGUAGUUUAUAAGGUUGAGAUAACAUUGUCAAAAAACAACUAUCCUAUUAUUUUCUUUUAAUUAAAGCUAAACUUAUUGUUAUUAUUAUUAUAUUAUUAUUGUCAAAAGCAGCCAUUUCAACCCCGCAACUCUCACCACCACUGGCCACCAGUACCCAGUUCUAACCACAGGAGGGAGCCAGAGUACCACCAGUGAGUUGAUCUAAUACUCGAGGCUCACUCAGAUCACUUAGAUCUCGCCUCAUCAGCGGCAGAGUCGUCCUCAGAGACAGGCGCGGCAGCCAGUUGGAUUUCCAUCCAUCUGUCCUAUAAAUCUCUUAAUUGCGCUAAUUAAGGAGAUGAGGAAGAGGAGGAGAUCUGAUACCUCUGUGGGGCUCUGAGACAGCUGCCUGCGAGGGAGUCUCUUACUAAUGGGGGAUCGUAGGGGGGGAUACCCGAGCUUGUGUCUCAGCGGGGACUACAUGGCACAAUUGGGAUGUGUAUGAAUUGAUGUGUAUAUGAAUGAAUGUUGAAAAAGGGCUUCCGCUUCCUUUUCUGCUUGUUUAUAUCUCUUUCUAAAGAAGGCCCACAACUAAGCUACUGAUGAAGGAAGUGUUGCUUUUGUUGCUUCUGCAUUCACAUGCUAAUGUCUCUCACUUCCUGAGAAAUGGACUAAUUGUCUACAGCGUUGUAAAUAUGGCUUGAUUAUUCUUUUGCAGUGGUAAGCCAUCACAAACUCAGAUUUGCUGACACACAAAGCCACAGUGCGCUGCGAGACCGUUGCUUGUAAACACAACUCCACCACAUCCCUCCUUUCUGGUCCCAGCACUUCCGCUGUCCCCUGUCCUUCUGCCUUCUUUCCUCUGCCUCCUCACUCCGGCUUUGCUUACACAAGCACCGGUGCCUUUCUGUGCUGGUGCUUUCCUCCACCUCUCCACCUUCUUCUCCUUUCAUCCAUCUUCCUCUCUGUUUAAGCCCUGCUGAUUACACUGUGUAGAACUUACAUUAACAGAGGAAAAGAGGCAAGGAAGGUUGUGGGGAGCAAUGGUUUGGUGACUUUGAUGAGGUCGCUUUGAUUGGCCACACAGCCAAAAAACAGUUUAGCUCCCAGCCACCUCCACUUAACUCGGUUCCCCUUGGACCAUGCUUGACACCCGUAAACCACACAAGGCAACAAACCAGUAGUCAAUACAACAAGUUGGGAGACAAAUGGAAACGGCUGAUCUGGCUUAAUGUGUCAUUGCCCCAACAAUUUUGUCACCUCAUUCACAGCAUGUCCCCCCCCCCACACUAUUCAAACAUCCUCUGAGACCAAACAUCCAUCAAGGCAACAAAACUACGCUCCUUAUGUAAGCCAUUAGCCAGAGCUGUGUCAGCUGUAUCUGGUAAAGGCUUCAGAGUGAGACUGCAGGUGGGAGAUUGAGG